AUGUCCCGGCCCCUUUCUCAGCCAUAUCUGUCUCCGCAAUUCUGUUUCAAUGAGAGAGCACUUAGAGACUUCCUCCGCAUAUCACGAUCUACAAUAGACGACUCCAUCACACAGAAUUUAAAUGCCCUCCUGACUCCCGCACAGAAAGGGUUUGACCUUUCUAUAACAACAACCCGACAGACAGACUAUGGAAGUAAAGGUCAAAUAGAGCCGGAGAAAUGCAAGUCGUUCCAGAAUAAUGUCCUCUUCCCUUCCUGGCAGAACCGAUCCGACGUCCUGAAUUAUUGCGCUGGUGUGGCAACGAGCCCGGACCCGGACGACCCGGAACUUCUGCUGCGCCAGGGGGAAUCGGCAAAGGAUAGGGAAAGAGUGGUUGAUGAGCGAUUGGAUCCGUAUUCGGCAAGGUUUUUCCCGCGAGAAGCCAGGACGGAAUCGCUAGCUAUGUUGCUGAGAAAUGAGCGCGGAGUUGAACGCAUUAUACGAUCGAGGACGUGGGGAUUGGUUACGGAGCGUUGUAGUGGGUUAUCUGUAAGAUGGGAGGAUGCUUUGGAUCGCUGGCGGGAGGAACAAGAUCGAAAAAAAUAA